AUGUCAAAAGGAUUUUACGAAACUCCGUCGCAUAGUGAUUGCUACGCUCAGUGUCGACCAACCUAUCCGGUUGAGUUAAUCAAAAAUAUUCUCACCUAUUUAUCGGCUAAACAUACUAUCAAUGAUGAUGAUAUAGCUAUUGAUAUUGGUUGUGGAACGGGACAAAGUACUAUUCUACUUCAACCUUAUUUUCAACAAAUUAUUGGAUACGAUAUCAGCGAAUCUCAGAUUUGGAAAGCCAAUGAAAACAAUGCAUUCUCGAACAUAUCCUACAAAACAAUCGUCGAAGGCGAUAUUCCGCAUAGAGAUUCUUCGUUAACUUUGAUUAUAUCCGGUCAAGCAGCACAUUGGCUGGAUCUACCACAUUUUUACAAAGAAGUUCAACGAACUCUGAAGACAAACGGUGUUCUCGCGCUGUUCGGUUAUGCAUUUAUUCAUAUUGAUGGACAAUAUUCCGAAAAGCUCAAUCAAAUUCUACAAAAUUUCUACCAUCGUACUUUGAAUGGAUACGUUCAAAAAGAAAGUCAAGAAGUAUACUUCGGUCGAUAUCGAGAUGAAAAAUUCCAUAUUCCACUUUCAGCGACUAACUUCACAAGAGAUGAUAGUCUUGCUAUUAAAUGUCAAUGGUCAAUUCGACGAUUGUUAGGUUACAUGGCAUCAAUGUCUGGCUGUCAAUAUUUUCUGAAGGAAAAUCCAAAUAGUACAAUUUUGGAUGAUCUCCAAGCAGAAAUCUUUCAAUGUCUGAAUAUCUCUGACGAUGCACAUGAAAUCUGUCUCUCAUUUGAUAUAUUUCUUUUAAUGAAUCGAAAAAACGAACUCGAUCCUAAUCGAUGUCAAUACUUAUGUCCACGUAAACAACGACAGUGUAAAAUGGCACCCUCUGCACCUCUAUCUACACAUUGCAUGGAACAUAUAAUUUACGAUCCAGAUUUAGACGAGACGACCAAGCAAUCUCUGCGUGUUCCAUGCCCGUUGAAUCCAUUACAUUCGAUAUCACCACAUGGUCUAAAACGUCACCUGAAGAAAUGCAACAAACGACUGAUUAUCCUUGGACCAUUCCACCGACCGCAAUGCAAUUCAGGGCUCGAAUGUGAUAAUCAUGAUGAUUAUCCAAGCAUACUUCAAGAUAUAACCGAUGAUGAACUACGUGAUUUUGUUGCUCGUAUGGAGUCAAUCCAUGAUAAUCUCGUUAAAGAACCUCUUCAGAAUAAUUCAAACCAACCGGAAUGUCAUCUCUCGGAUAAAAAUCUCGAAGAACUUGGAAAUCGUUCUAGGAAACACUUGGAACAAAUCGGAUCUAUCAUUGCUCAAUUGGUCCAAUUAAAUCUUUUACAAUCGAACACAUGCUUCGUAGAAAUGGGUGCUGGUCGCGGUCAGUUAGCUCAUGAACUGCAUGCUUGUCUAAAAGACGACUCAACUAUUCAUUUCGCAUUGAUCGAACGUGAUCAUCAACGUUACCGUUACGAUGCUCAUCACCGUCGUGAGCAUCAAGGUCCAUCCUUUGAACGCUACCGUUUAGAUAUUCGCGAUCUUUAUCUUUCGGAAUUACCGUCCAUUGAAAAUCCUCAAACGAAUAUUGUAAUCAUCAGUAAGCACUUAUGCGGAGGUGCUACUGAUCUUGCUUUACGUUCUGCUGUCGAUGCUCAAAGAAAUACUCAUCGUGUCCAAGCAAUCAUCAUCGCUCUAUGCUGUCAUCAUCGUUUGCUGUGGAAUGAUUAUAUUGGCAAAGAAUUCUUUCGACAUGUUAAUUUAACACCGAAGGACUUUUCAUUGAUCAGAACACUGACAUCAUGGGGCACAUGCGACAAUCGUCAUCGAAUGCCACAAGAUGGUAAACGUUCAACCAAUGAUGGAACGUUAUUCCAACCAACGCCGUCGCUUCUGGCACCUGAAGAUCGAUCGAACUACUCCAAGCAACGGCUGUUCUCUGUUGAACAUCAAGAACAAAUUGGUGUAAAAGCAAAACGACUACUCGAUUGGGGCCGAAUUCAAUAUUUAAAUGCGAAUGGAUUCAAUUCUCAUCUCAAAGUUUUUAUGGUCAUCAUACACACAUGA